GCGCGACCCCACGAAGUCGGUUCAAUCAUGGGAAACCAAGAUAACAAUAACCGCCGAAAGAACGUUCCGCUCGCUAUUUCCCUGGCCGUCGGGAUAGCCAAGAGUGCCCAGACGUUCGCGUUGUCAACAACUGUAGAAUGGGGUCUUGGAUAUGUCGAGCGAACUCGGAUACACUGGAAGGGCGUAAGGGGAGGAAGGCUUGGGUGGGACGCUUGGUGACCAGAGUAGCCUUGGGGCUGAGUGAGGAAUUACGGAAAUGCAGCUAUAAGACCGAGAGGGUCCUGUGGUCGGAGUGCACAAUCACUUCUUCAGACCUAUCAGUUCCUGAUCCUAGCUUGCAUCAACAUGGUUCAAUUCGUUUCAGUUCUCACCACGCUUCUAGUGGCAGCAGGCGUUGCUUUGGCGAAGCCGACUCCGAAGCUCGCAGAACAGCCCGUAGUGACCUACCUAGGCACUCAGGGUCCUAUACUCUCCGGCGGAGCUUGGACAAGCAAAGGCAUCGUGUACACGUCGGGCACAGUACCUUCUGUCAAUGGGACCAUCGUGGCGGGCGGGAUUGAAGCACAAACUGCCCAGGUGAUCAAGAACAUUGCCGCCACUCUUGAGGAGGCCGGCACUUCGUGGGAUUACGUGAUGAAGACCACUGUCUUCCUCGCCAACAUGAGUGACUACGCAGCCAUGAAUGAGGUCUAUGGGGCGAUGCUUCCUACGCCAAAGCCAGCGCGGACAGCUGUCGAGGUUGGAAAGCUACCUGGUGACUUCUUGAUCGAGGUUGAGGCUAUUGCAGCCAUUCCUGAUAUAUAGAGACAUCGAUAGUCAGAGUAUAUGACCAUCAUAAUGAAUGAAGAUUG